AUGGAUAGGAUUCGAUAUGGCACCCCUGAGCAUUCUGGAGGAACAGAUAUUGAGAAGGAAGUCGUCAUUUUACAGAGUGCUAAUCACCCUAAUAUUACCCCUGUGGUAGAUGUUCGUAAAACAACUCGCUACAUUUAUAUUUUUAUGCAAAUAUUCUUCAAGCGUUACAAGGCGCCCGAGGUAUUCGAUGCCAAAUACACAAAAGGGCUAGGCUAUGGUCAUUCUGCCGAUUGCUGGAGCCUAGGGAUAACACUGUAUGUCAUUAUCUCAGGAACUCACCCAUUUACAGCUAACUAUGCACUCGAUGACGAAAAGACGAUGUGUUACAAGAUGAAGCACAGUAAUCUUCUGUUCCCAGCACGCCACUGGAAAGAUAUAGGCCCUGAGGCAAAAACGCUGAUAACUCAUCUGCUUGAUGUUGAUCCUCAGAAACGCUGGAGCGUUGAUGACGCUCUUCAAUCUGAGUGGAUUCAAAAUGAUCUAGCCUGGCUUCAACAAGAGUACCGCGGUAACGUGCUGCCUCACUGGCAUAAGUCAUUGCAACAUUUAAGCAUUGUACAGCAGGAUGAGGCUUCAUCGCGCACUAAGAAGCGUCUACGAACAGAACAAACGUUAGCUGUUAGCAGUUAA